CUCCUAGGGCUGGCGAAUCCCUUAGUAGAAUUGAUGGGUGGGACUAAAAUGAACCAACAGCCAAACACAAACUCUUGGGAGACUGCAAGACCAAUUGGACCUGAGUAGAGAGGCGGGGCGUUGUGAGAAUUUUUAGCCAAUAGAGAGUAGAGCUCGGCGGGGACUGUAGAAAUCCUCCAAUAAGAAGUGCAAAGGGCGUGUGUUGGCAAAGGCCCCAACCUGCAGAGACCGACCAAUGAGAUGGGAGGCGGGGCCAAUCUUGACCAACCAGAAAGCCGAACUGAUCUCUGCACCGUUACUGGGGCUGGGCGUAUGGUCUGCAAGCCACUAAGCUCUUGUAGGUGAAGGCCGCCGGCCUUCCAAUGCGCGACGUAGGGCGGACUCUACUUCUCCCAAUCGGUGCACGGCGCUGGCAGUUCAAACUGACAGCCGGUUGGAAAGGCACAGAAAGCGGAAGAUUAACCCCCAAACGAACGUGGACUCCUGCGUGGACUUAGCCUAAAAGCGACCUCCGCCCCGUUCCACCACCACCACCGCUCGCUCGGGAGCGGCCGCUGCGGGAGAGCCUCGAGGAGCCCCGGAAAGCGGGACGGGGCCGCUGAGGGUAGCCUGGGGUCCGAGUGCGGGACCCGGGGAAGGAGCGUCGUGGAGACUCGGGAGCUGAAGAGGAGAGCGCCCUUCCGGACAGCAGACAGCCAGGAGUUUCCGCCAACUCGGCCUCCUGCUUCCGCACCGCCAACUCCACCCUUCAAGGAAAGUUGCAAAGAAGCCAGAUUCGCUGUUCCCACUCAAUAAAUAGUAUUUUUACCCUUCCACCGGGAAAGCAGCGAAAUACCCUGUUCCUUCCCAGUGUUAGCGCUUAGAGAAGAAUCCGAGACCGCAGGUUCUGAUUUGAUUCACCCCCGCCAGGGAAAUCAAAGUAGGAAGGGUAUUGUUCCUGUUUGCAUUUUCAAAAAUCCCGCGCCUCAUCCUCCGUGGGACGCUAUGACCACCAGCAGUUGUAGUUUCGAGGACCGAUGCGUGUCCAUCCUGUGUUGCAAAUUCUGUAAACAAGUGCUCAGCUCUAGGGGAAUGAAGGCUGUGUUGCUGGCUGAUACUGACAUAGACCUUUUCUCUACAGACAUCCCUCCAACCACCACAGUGGACUUCAUUGGAAGAUGCUAUUUCACUGAAAUCUGCAAGUGUAAACUGAAGGACAUCGCGUGUUUAAAAUGUGGAAACAUUGUCGGUUAUCACGUGAUUGUUCCCUGUAGUUCCUGCCUUCUUUCCUGCAACAAUGGACACUUCUGGAUGUUCCACAGCCGGGCUGUUUAUGGUAUUAACAGACUGGACUCCACAGGUAUAAACUUCCUACUUUGGGGCAACUUGCCAGAGGUAGAAGAGAGUACAGAUGAAGAUGUGUUAGAUGUCUCAGCAGAGGAGUGUAUUCGAUGAGCGGAAUUACAUAAUAUUUUUCAUAACUUUUUCCUAUUUAUAUGUUCACGGAUCAACUUAAAAAUUGUUAAUGAGGAUUUGCCAGUGAUUUCUUUUUGUUUUUAUUGUUGUUGUUUUGUUUUAAAACAAAAAUGAAGCA